AUGCCAACAGGACGUGUGAAACACUCCGAUGAUCCAACCCCUUCAGCAGCGGUGGAGACGCUGGCCCCCGCCAAAACACACCACCUGUCGGAGCCACACCACUUAGCGCCACAAUGCGGUGGCGGCGUGGUUUUGGCGUGCGCCUUGGUGCGAAGGCUGCGAUGGGGGGCGCCCUGCUCAAUGUUCAGCCCCUCGUACGAAGGCCCAGCGCCUCCAUCCCUUGGCCCCGUGGGCCCCCGGCGCAACCGCAAGGCCUGCCCCUACAACAACAUUGCCGUCGGACGGGAGCUGAUAGUGCUGCAGAGGCUGCAGAGGGGAGGCGAGCGGCUGCCCUGCCCCCCCUCCUGCCCGCGCGCGCUCUACGAGCUCAUGCUGUGCUGCUGGCACCUGGCGCCGCACCAGCGGCCACCACUCGGCCGCCUCGAGGGACGCGUGGCCCAGGUGCAGCUCCGGGUCGCGUCAGCUGACGGUGAUUCUCUGCAGCUGGAUGGAAUCGCCCGCUGCGCCGACAGAUCCUCGGCCCCCGCUGGCUACAGCGCGGAGAGCAGCUGCUGGUGGCACUGUCCGGGCCGGCGGGCGCUGCACGUCGCUCAGUUCCCCCCGCGCGGGGCCGCGUCUCCGCCGCAGGCGACGCCGGCGCCCACGAACAGCCCCGGCCGCGAGGCCCAGCUGCCCUGGCGGCGGCAGCCGGAGCACUCCUCGCCCAGCAACGCCGCCACCACCGCACACACGGACGGGCCGAGGCUAAAAGAGACGUCACCACCCGCAGCCGCAACCUCAAAGCCCACCUAUGAAUCGUCGCCGGUCGACGCGGACGAGGAGGAAAAUGUGUGCCACCGGAAGGUUCCCUUCCGCAAGUACUGCCAGCUGAAGAGCACAGGCAGCAAGGCGUGCCGGCCGCCCCCGACGCGCGAUCUCGCUGGCGGCGGCAUGGUGGGGCGGCCCGCGGACGCGCACGCCGCCGGCGGCCCCCUCUCCCUCCCGCCGGCGCCGCCCUGCGCCGAGGGGGGACGGCUCGACAACUCCCCGUCCUCCGCGCCGCACAGCCCCUGCCGCACCGCGCCGCGCCCGCUGUGCCCGGCGCCCCGGCCCGCGGUGGCCGUCGGCGACGGCGGCGGCGGCGGAGCGAUCGCGUUCGGAGGCGGCGGAGCGACGGGAAGGCGGUCACACUACGACAUCCCGCCGUGCGCGGCGUGGUCGCCGUCUUCGAGGGUCGCGGACCGGGAGUCCCGGCUACCGGCGGUGCCGCCCCACGGACACGGCGGCGGCGGCGUCGACUUCGAGGGCAACGGCGUCGGGGGGGACGCGGACGACGCCGCGGAGCGUUCGCUGGACUCGGACUCGGUGUUCUUCGAGGGCGGCUGCGACUCGACGCUCGACCUGCUCUCCAACUUCUACGCGUCCGCCACCGGGGCCGUGCCGAGGGCCGCCGCCGGGGUCUGCGGAGCCGCGAACCGGGCGUACGAGCGCGAGAGCGUGGCGGCGCUGCGGGAGCUGCACCGCGCGAGCCUGCGCGCCCGCGAGCCCCCGUGCCGCGCCGCCCGCGCCUCGGCCCCGGCCUCGUGCGACUCCGAGCCCGGCGCCGGCUCGACGGCGACGACGCCGUCCCCCGGCGGCGCGGCCGAGGAGAGGCCCGAGGUGCCGCCCCGCGCGCCCAUCCCCCCGCUCCCCGCCAAGCGCAACGGCUACCGCUGGUCGGCCGAGGUCUCCUACUACAUGUGGGGCAAGGACUGCCUGGCGGCGGCCAAGGCGCCGCUGCGCGAGUCCCUGUCGUGGGGAGGGGACGGCGCCGAGCGGCAGCGACGGCCGCCGGUCGCGGCGGCGCCCGAGAGCAGCGCGUCCUGGGACGGCGGCGGCUGCGGCGAGGGCCCCGCCAAGGCGCCGCUGCGCGAGUCGCUGUCGUCGGGCUCCGGCGACGGGGCGGAGCGGCCACCCCCCAAGCUGCCCGUGCGAGACUCGCCGCUCCCGCGGGAGGGAGCGGGCAGCCCCUCGCGCCCGCCCCGCGUGCCGCCGCGCGGCGCCAGCGAGAGCGGCGCCGGCUUCCGGGCCGUCGGCUGCGAAGCGGCGGCGGACGAGACGGCGGCGUCGACGGAGCGGCCGCCGAGGCUCCCCCUGCGCCGCUCGCCCUCGCUGGGCCCGGACGGCGAGGCCCCGCCGCGGGUGCCGCCCCGGGAGCCGCUGUCGCCGAGCUCGUCGCGAACGCCCAGCCCCAAGGGCUUCGGCUGCUCGUCGUCGCCGCAGCCCAUACCGGGGCCUCCCCCGCCGUGUCAGCAGCAGCAGGCGGCUCUGUCGUCGUCGCCGCAGCGGGCGAUGCCGCCCACGCAGAGCUUCGGCUCGGACCCCAAGUUCUCGACGCUGGGCAAGGAGAAGGGCUGCUGCUCCGGGCAGCCGGCGCGGGGCCCGUGCAUCCUGCCCAUCAUCAAGGACGGCAAGAAGCAGAGCAGCACCCACUACUACCUCCUGCCCGAGAAGCCGGCCUACCUGGACAGGUACGAGCGCUUCCUGCGAGAGAGUGACCCCAACGAGAGGUCACAACCCCCGACCUCUGAGCCCGCAAGGACCCCGGAGGGCGUCUGUGAGGAGUUUUCCCGACUCGACUCCCUGAGCGCGCAGGAGCAGAUCAGACAGGUGCUGGAGUGCGUGCACGGGGUGACGACGGAGGAAUGCCACGCCGCCUUGCACGGCCACGCCUGGGACGUCCCGCAGGCCAUUCACUACCUCAAGAUAGAGCAGCUGUUGAGCCUGGGGCUGGCGAGCCGUGCAGAAUGCCAGCGGCUGCUCGAGCGCUUCGACUCGAACCUCGAGCAGGCGAGCUCCUUCCUCCUCGAGUCGUGCCGCACACUGCGCCACAGACGGUGAAGACUGCACGUGGCUGGAUCGUUGGAACACAAGAAUGUGAUUUUAAUUUAUUAUCAUUUUUUUUAGUUAUUCGUUUUUUUACGAGAGACGUCUGCUCGUUGGGGCAGACGUUGGCAGCUGUGUAACGGACCCAGGGCUCGGCUCGAAAUGCACGCGAGCGGUCGCGUGCCAAGUGCGAGCGAAGCGAAUGCACGCUUAACCGUUAACGCCGAAAAACGACGCGGACAUUCCACUCGCCCCCCUCACCCCGAAACCUCACAACCUCCUCAAAAGUACAUUUUGAAAGAAAAAAAACUGAAAAAAAAAAUUCCAAGCUGUAUAAAAAUAUUAUUAAAAUCCCACACCGCAGACUUAAAGAAUAAAAAUGGAACGCAUAUGAAGGCAAGAAUGAAAUCAGUUGGCAGAGAAAGGGCCAUUUUCCGCACGAACGGCUAUCGCGAUGGGAGGCACAACAGCAGUGUCAUUGCUGCCCCUUGCACAAUCAAUCAAGACUCGUGGAACAAACGGAGGAGAAAGGACUGGGCCGCAGGAAGGGGCCGCAGCACUGGGCCUCUGGUCGCUAUAGGCAAGUCGGCGAGGGUUGCCUCGCCCGGUGGCCUGAGGGACGGCGAAGAGAUUCCACCUUCCUGCUCCUGUCCUCUGCAAGACUCUACCUCCGGGUUCCCGCUGGCCCCGUCGAACGUAGGCCUGCGAGCUGCUGUUACAAAUCGGAUGGGAAUGCUGAGCGAUGCGUUCGCACGAGGGCGUCCGUGGUUUUGGCUCUUAAUCUGAUUUGUGUUGAACAGACUCCCACCCCCCACCGGUGAGACCUAACCGAUUAUCUUUGUGCGAUACGACUUUAAAGAGAGCUUUUGUCGAGUUAACUCCCGAGGAUGCGAGUCACACACCGGCGAUUAUUGUUGCUGCAGUCAAGCCCUGCCCACGUCUCACACCGCCAAUUGGGUUUGGGCUGGACGGCCACAGACGCCACCGAGCAGGUGCCCGCACCUGUGCCCCGUUGCGGCUAUUUGCCGGCGCGCUCGGUCGCGAGCGCGCGUCCAGAAGCGAAAUCCUCCGCAGCGUUUAAAUUCUCGUCGCGAACGGGCUUCCCGUGCUCCCGACGAGGGCAACUCGUCGGGAGCACGGGAACGAGCGCGGUGCGAGCACGCGGCUCUGAACGUCGGGAGGCGGAUACCCUCGCUCCGUUGCCGUCUUAGUUCCGAUUGUGAGGAACGCUUAAAACGGCGCCCGCGUUAUAUAACACCCCGGGGUCUACUUCGCCGUAACAUUAAAACGUUUAAAUAAAAACACAACAACAACAACAAAAAUACCGAAAGAUAUAAACAUAAAAUUCGAAGAGAAACAGACAUGAAGACACGUAAAUAAAUAAAUAAACAUGUGCCGCUACAAGACGGAAUGAAACACCUUGUUCACGGGCAUAAUCGUCGUCCCAUAUUUUGAUGUGCAACACAGAUUGUGCGUGAGAUAGUCAUUAGAACGUGUACAUUUAUACAUGCAAGCCUGUGACGGUGAGCACCAUCUCGAGUUGUUCUACUCUGGUUUAAUCUCCGUGAGGAAGCCUGCUUUUGCACGCUGCUUGGCGGCUAAGACUGUCAGACAUCACUUCGGGAUAUGUUGUGUGAUAUAUACAUGACGUAUACCUAUGUAGUAUGCCAUAUACAAACAUACGUCCCGUAUCCAUGUACGCUGUCGUAUGAUGUAUAUCGCGUAACAUAUGAUAUACGUUAUGUAUAUACAUGUGUUAUGUGUUUUGUUCUGUGCUUUGUUCUGAACCACACUUCGCCACUUUGUAUCCGUGACUGUGCUGAAAGGUUUAAUAUAUGAUAUAGUUUUCAUUACAAUAUUGCUGCUUUAGAGAUCAGAUUAUAUAUAUAUUUAAAAUGUGUUGCACAUUGCUGAAGGUUAAAUGUGUGUGUAAAGAAACAUGUUAUUUUAAUUUCUGUUCUUAUAUUUUUUUUAUAGCUAAAGUCUUAUUUAUGUCGUUUACCGAACUGUAAUGGAUGUAACAUUUUAUUUUUGUCAUUUUUUUUCCACCCCAAGUCUGGCUGGUGACCUGGUAAGACCGGUAAUAAAAUGAAUGAUGUUAUUUU